AUGCAGCAUUUGAAGCUCUACUACUUGAACUGUGGCGCUGGGUUGCGCAUCUUGGAGGGGCAUUUGCAAAAACACACGUUCCUGCGCGGUACGGAAGAGCCGAGCGUUGACGAUUUCACUGCUUUGGAGAAGGUGGAGGCAGGAGGCCAUGACCUUUCCAAAUAUCCAUUCCCGGAAGUGAGGAAGUGGAUCGACAGAGUCAAAAAAGCAGGUAAUGUUCGCAGCUCUUGUGACAAUGGACCGGUGCAAGUGGAAUUCUUGGAGCACAGCCCCGUGAAUAUGGCCUACAUCGAGAAGCAGCAGGCUUUUGAAGAGGAGGAGUUCAAGUACGAAGUGAAGAAACCCAGCCUACAAGUCUUUGAGGAAGACUCCGUGCCUGGUGCUGUGCAAACUCGCUGCAAGACCUUCUCCAUUGAAAAAGGUGUCUUUGAAAAAACUUCCAGGGCUGCACAUAGUCACUGCUUUGGUGACCAAUGCACGCAACAUCGAUGA